AUGUUAGUUGUUUCUGAUGGUUUUUGCCUAAUGCAAUCAAUCCUUUGCGAUGGUUUGUGCAGCAUGGACACGCAGGUGAAGCUCGCGGUUGUGGUCAAGGUGAUGGGCCGCACGGGGUCGAGGGGUCAGGUGACCCAGGUGAGAGUCAAGUUCCUGGAUGACCAGAACCGUCUCAUCAUGAGGAACGUCAAGGGACCCGUCCGUGAGGGGGACAUCCUCACCCUGCUCGAGUCUGAGCGGGAGGCCAGGAGGCUGCGCUAA